AUGCGCACAAUUUUUGCAAUCAGUGCUAUAACUUUAUGUCUUUCUAUUAUUGAAUUAAUAAGCCAUGAAGAACUUGAAAGCACUGGUGCAUAUCUAAUAGAAAGAAUCCAAAGUUCCCGAAGUGAAGAAAGUGACGAUUUCUUUCUGAUGAUUGGAGCUGUCACAAGUAUUUGUUUCUUUCUUGUAAGCGGCAUCUGCUACUUAGUUGGAUACAAAGAUUUCGGCUUAUUAGGGAUUUUUGGAAGCCAAUUAGGUGCCGCUUUUUCUGGGAUUCUGAAAGUUGCAUUUGCGCAUCCCCGUCCUUUUUGGAAAUAUUUCAAUAUCGAUGCCUUGCUCUGCUCAAAAGAUUUUGGGGCUCCAUCAGGCCAUGCAAUGUCAGCAGGGGCUAGUUUAUUUGUGCUUGGAUAUCUGUGAAUGAAAUCUGGAGGCUGGCGAUAUUUGAAACUCGUCAUUAUAGCUAUUAUUGUUAUCAUCACUGGAUAUGAUCGGAUGUACUUAGGAGUUCAUUUUUACUUUCAGAUAAUUUUGGGCUAUUCUUUUGCUUUAUUAAUUGCUGCUAUUAUUGUUUAUCCUCAGACGACAAAGCUAGUCCAAAGAAUCGGAAAUGAGAAAUUGGCAUUUAUAAAAAGCCAGGUACUGUGGCUUGUAUUAUUAGUAUUAUCUACUAUUAUUUGCUUAUUUAGGAACUCAGAGUGGGAUCCAAUGUGGUCUCAGAAUUAUGAAAAAUCAUGUGGAAAACAAUUUGUGAUUGAGGAUGUUCUUGUAAAAAAUGCUGCGGAUUCAUAUGUGUUUAGCUUGUUGGCAGGCUUAACAGCAGGCCAUUAUUUGCAAAGAAAUAAUAGUGCUACUGAGCCUACAGUAUUAGUUGUAGUAUUUGCAGCAUUUUUGCACUUGGGAUUUAUUAAUAUAUUUUUGAAAUAUUUAGAAGGAUUUAUCACGCUAAGCUCAACGGAUCUAUCUGGCUGGGUCUUUUUAGCUAUAAUAAGAUACAGCUGUGGUCUAAUUUAUGCCUAUUUCCUGCCCCUUGUGGUUUCAAAGCUUUUCAGGAAAAAUAAAUCUUUAGCAAGAGAAAAUCCAUCCUUUUCUGUAUUGACUUUUAAAAUCAAAAUCUAG